UCUUGAAAGAUUUAUUUUUAUAGAUUGAGAAAACACAGCUGCCUCCUCUUUCUCAUAACUCAGGCACCAGAAGAAAGAACACUGAAAAGAAAACAUUUUUAUGGUUGAAUCCAAUUAAUCGAAUCCUGCUUUUAUCCUCCGAACAAAAAAAUGGCUACUCUAUGUCAAGCUUGCUCUUCGUCUUCAACUACACCAUUGCUUCUGGCGAAAAGGGUGUUUUCCCUAGCUUCAUCGCCGUAUCUCUUCACGAGCGGAUACAAAACCCCUCGACACUGUAGCAGCUUCAGAGCAUUUAACUCUGCGUCUGCGUCUACCUCAGUUUGUGUCGAUUUAAAGGAACUGAGAAGCAAUGAAUUGGUGGAUUUGGAGUAUGCAGAGCUAAACCUCAUGCAUAAGAUAUUUGAAGACGUGGGUCAUGUAAGAAUCAGGCAGCAUGUUAAUCCUCUCAGUUCCUCUUUCUCUAAACCAGCUCCAGUUCCUGUUUGGGAUGAAGUUUAUAAGGAUCCAUCACUUCCUCUGAUGGUGGAUAUUGGAAGUGGUAGUGGCAGAUUUCUCCUAUGGCUAGCUAAUAAGGAUGCUGGAUCGAGAAAUUACUUGGGGCUGGAGAUACGUAAGAAACUGGUCAAACGCGCCAACUUUUGGGUGGAUGAUCUCGGACUUUCAAACGUACACUUCAUAUUUGCAAACGCCAUGGUUUCCUUUGAACAGCUUAUAACAAGUUAUCCUGGACCGUUGGAGAUUGUCUCAAUCUUGUGUCCAGAUCCUCAUUUCAAGAAACGUCAUCAAAAGAGACGUGUUGUCCAAAAGCCCUUGGUGAAUUCCAUUAUUCAAAACCUAAAACCCGGCGGAAAGAUCUUUGUGCAAUCAGAUGUACUGGAUGUAGCUCAAGACAUGAGAGAUCAGUUCGACGAGGAAUCAAAUGCUCUCCAACAUGUGGACACAGUUGAAACAGAGGAUGAUGGUUGGGUGAUGAAAAACCCGAUGGGUAUACGAACGGAAAGAGAGAUACACGCAGAAUACGAAGGUGCAAGAAUCUACAGAAGACUUUACCAGAAACGUCAGCUUACAUGAUUCAGUCUCCCUCAAUCUGGUCGUUUAAGUUGAAUAACCGAGUCGUUUUAAACCAAACCGUACCGGACUUUUUAGUUUGAUUAAACAAGUCACGUGACUUUAAAAAGAAUUUUGUAAUGGAUUAGGGUGUGUCUUAAUUUGACUGGAAUCAGAUCCUUCAUCCUUAUCGUGAUUAUUUUUCAUUA